AAUGAACAAUGGUUCCUGCCCGAGGCGAUGGCUUGGAAUCCGUUCACCACGAUAUGGAGGAAGUUGGUGCUGGGGUCCGGACUUCCGAUGAACAAGAAGAUCAUGUGAGCUCAGAUGGGGCCGGCCGACACAGAAAGGAAUAGGGGCUGCAGAAAACAAUGGAAACACAGUACUCGGUGCAGUUCUUUGCCUCCUUUGUGGAGCAGCUUCAGGACGUGUGUCGCAACUACCUCCACUUCAGUCAGUUUGUGGAGGUCAGUGGCUAUGUGUGUGUGGAGAUUGACAACAUGAAGAAGGAGAGAUAUGUCCUCAGUGAACUGCUACAGAGCAGUGGUAAUGUGGUCAGUGAGAGCUACUGUACAAAGGCGUUCAAAACGAACAGGAACAUCGGAAAUCCAAGGGGUCGCUUUGGAGAAAGAGCUUUGAAUAUUGAACAAAAUACUGGAGAGAGUCACUUGGGGUUUGGGAGAAAUAAGCAGACUAUACAACAUCCUGGUCACAUUCCACACGCCCUUAAAAGACAAGAUGUGGUUCAGACGAGUCGCUAUCAACAGGAGUCGUCACCUGGUCCUCCAAGGCAACAACACUCCAGCUCCAGUCAUGAUACCAUUGAGUCCUUUGAUGGAAGUCGCUAUCAGCAGGAGUCGUCACCUGGUCCUCCAAGGCAACAACACUCAAGUCAUGAUACCAUUGAGUCCUUUGAUGGGAGUUGGGUUGUCAACCAGUUGACGGAAGAAAGAGUGACCCUGCCACAAAUGUUAAGUCAGGAUGACUCUGAACCCUCAACAUCUGCAGCCCCAUCGUCUGCAGUCUCAUCAACUCCAUCAAAUCAGCUGCUUCAUCUGCCUCAGGAUGAUGAGGUCAUUGAUUUGGACUUGUUUGAUGAUGACCUUGAUGUUGCGAUGGAGGAGGAGGGCUCAAGGAAUGUUUUCUAUUCCGGACUGACAUUUGCUUCCUCACCGUCUACACCAGUGGACAGUUUUCAGAGGAAGCGUGGUCACUUGAGCCCAGCUUCUCUUGCCACCAUGCGAUACACCGUGAAGCAGUUCCAAAGGUUCUUGUUUCAUAAGUGUAACCAGAACAUAGACUUGUUUUCCACCACUCCCGAAAGACUAAAUGAACUUCUGCUGGACUUCUUUAGGGAGGCGAAGAAGGUACAUGGUGGAGAGUAUCUACGUCCUCGGUCACUGAAGAAUGUCCAGACGUGUCUUGAUAAGUUACUCAAAGAUGGUGGCUAUCCAUAUUCUGUGUUGAGAGACAAACAGUUUCAGUCGUCAAGGGAGUACUUGAAGAAGAAACUGAACGAGAGUACUGCUAAUGCAAGUGGGGCCAAUACUGUGACAGAAGAGGAUAUCGAGACACUGUUCCAGACCCAACUGCUUGGUUCGCACAAUCCUGAAUCUCUCACCAACACCAUGUGGUUCCUCAACUCCAAGUUCUUCAUCCUCAAACAUCCCCUGGAGCAUCAGAACUUGAAGUGGGGAGACAUUAGUCUCAGGAUGGAUGACAAGGGUCAGGAAUACCUGGAACGCUUAGUUGGAGGGAGAUACACUCUCAAGGUGUUCUCCAAGCCAGCCAGCCCCAACAGGUGCUUUGUUAACUUCUACAAACAGUACAGAGCACUGAGGCCGAAGAUCACCUUGGAGGAUGAAUACAACUUUUACCUGAGGGUUGAUGAUAGUAGUGAUCAGAGCUGUUGGUUCAUGCCUGAACCCAUACGCCCAGUGACACUUACCUGCAUGUGGAAGAAAAUAGUUCUCACGGCUCGUCUUCCUGGUAAUAAGAGAAUUGUGUGAUUCUGAAUUGGAUGGGAUGACUGAUGGUUCUCUUUGUUCUUCUGAGGAAAAGUCAAAAUUAUUUUUUGGUAGGAAGUGUAACACUUGCGGUGGUAAAGGUGAACUGUUCUGUUCUGUUUUCUUCUUGAAGUUCCUGUCAUACAAGUGAAAUCAAUCUCGUUAAGGUCAAAUCUUUUGCUCCAUUAUGAUACCUGUCUGCUGGAGUUCUUACACCGCCUCAAUCGGAGGUCGCGUCAGGUGAACUUUCUGAUCAGCCAAUGUGUGUCAAGACCACUAACUUCAUGAGGGGAUUGGGCAAAUAAUUCACACUUGCAAAUUUGAUUGCUGUAUCUCGAAAACAAAGUCAAACAACUAGUUCCAAAUGUCAUGAUUAUAUUGUUGUUGAUAUUUUAUAAACCCAGUCAUUUCUGAAUGCCAUGGCAUGUACACCCAAAAGGGAUUCCAAAUAUAGAAAAUAUUUGUGUUCUGUGUGAGUUUUCUUUAAAGGCUAAAACAAAUAAUAGUCUUGGUUCUCAGGCAUCGCCCAGUCAUCAUUGAGUUUGCUGCACGUUUCGUUUUUAUUUCCAUUUUUUUUUAAAAUAAAAAAAUUCCUUAAAUAUUCCUAGUCCAACAGUAGUCAAAUACUGUAUUCCAGUAUUUUACUCAUCAAGGAAUACAUUUAUGAAAGGAGGCCUAUUCCCAGGUUGGUCAUACACAACAGUUUAUUUGGUUACAUACCGGUACUAGUUUGGACAACCACUAUAUUUUCAAAAACCAGUGCUUGAGAACCAAUUCUUUUAUAUAUUUUUUAGCCUAAAACUGAAAUAUUCAAAUUUCGGUGGUAAAGAAAUGAAGCCAUAUCAUUUAUGAAAGCUGAUACCUGAUUGGCUCAUACGUCCUUCACUUCGAUUGGGUGUCACAGUUUGCUCAAGGGGUGCUCAUGGUAGGUCCUGCUAAAGUGGUGUCCUCGGAUCUUCAUGCAGAGAAUAUAACAUCUGACAUUAAAUGCACAUUUAAAGACAAUAUAAAUUGAUGGUCGAUCCAUACAUUAUGUUGUGAUAUUGACACCCUGCUUGUCUUGAGCCAGUCUAACUUGAUAUGUUUUCAAUGGUUGAGUUAACAAGGCUUCCACUACAUACAUGAUGAUACAUACUAUACAAAACAAGUUAAAGAUAACCCACAAUUGGAAGGCUGUGUGUUGCAAUAUCCACCAGCCAUGACACAUUAACUAUUGCCAGAUGAAAAAAACGGUUCUUUCAUUCCUUUUAGUAGUAUAUGACAGAGGCAUGAAGAUAGGGUCGCAAUGUUAUCAUGAUGAUAUGCAUUGCAUGAAUGGGUCACAAUAAGGUAAUUUGUAAGAUAACAGCUUCUGACUUUCAACAUAUUGACAUCAAGCCAACAUGAAUCUACAGAGUACAAACUUUCUGAGGCAUUUAUUUCAUGGACUGUCUGAAGAAACCAUACACAAGUUAUAUUUAGUAAGGAUAAGAAUUUAUGAAGAACAACUUUUUAUAAUUAAGAGCGACGUUUAGGUGUAGGUUCUAACACCGUUAUCAAGCAAGUUGCUCUUAUCAAACAUCGCUCUUAAUUGUAAAAAGAAGUUGUUCAUCCAUAAAUUCUUAUCCUUACUUAGUACUCCAACUUCUAAAUGCCUAUCAAAGAAGUUACAAGUUAUAUUUGUCGUUAGAGGUUGAGCAGACAUUGUUAAAAUGUUGAUGAAACUAACACUUAAUAAUGAUAAUCAUGAUAAUAGUAACAGGGAAAUUAUAUACCUCUUCUAUCCUGCUGCCUUUUUUGUGAACAGAUCUGUAAUUACACACAUGAAAAUAUAGACUGUCAUGUGAAUUUUCAGUAUGGGGCGCAUAAAAUGAUUGAUCUUGAAGGCCAGGUGCCGCCUGUUGGAGUCGGUGUAAUAUGACGAAUACAGUGUUGGACAGUAUGGCUUGUACCAGUUACUGCUUCUAUAGGACAGUUUACCGAGGAUUUUUGAAAGGAGAAAGGUUGUAUUUAUCUAUGUCUUAUUUAUAAACACCAAUGAUAAAUGUUUAUUGAUGAACACCAGGGAAAAUGUUUUAUUGAUAAAAACCAGGGAGAAAUGUUUUAUUGAUAAAAACCAGGGAGAAACGUUUUUGAUAAACAUCAUUGAAAAAUGUGUUUGUAAACUUAAUGGAGAAUGUUUUAUUGAUGACAAGGAGAAGUGUUUUAUUGAUGGAUAUGGAGAAGUGUUGUAUUGAUGGAUAUGGAGAAGUGUUUUAUUGAUAAAUGUGGAGAUGUGUUUUAUUGAAAAAAAUGGAGAAAGUGUUUUAUUGAUUGACAUGGAGUAGUGUUUUAUUGAUAGACAUGUAGAAGUGUUUUUAUGGGUCUUUGUAAACAUGAUGUAGAAAUGGGUUUUUAGAUAUUAUCUGUGCACACAUUGAGGACAAAUGUGUUAUUGAUCUGUGUCCAGUUUAAGAAGAAGAUUUAAUCAACCUGUACACAGGAACACACCAGAAUAGCUACUUUAUUACUGAAUCAGCAUGUAGUGUUCAGUAUCUUAGCUUUACAGUUUUAAACCCAUGCUUGCUGUAAAAGGCAACUAUGCUUGUCGUUAGAGGCAACUAACAGUAUCAGGUGGUCAGGCUCGCUUGACUUGAUGCAUGUCAUUGUAUCCCAAUUGCAUGGAUCGAUGCUCUUGAUGUCAGUCACUGGAUUGUCUGGUCCAGACUCGAUUAUUUCCAGACCGCCGUCAUAUAGCUGGAAUAUUGCUGAGUGCGGCGUUAAACAACAAACAAACCAACCAACCAACUAUAGAGUUUUAUGUGGACGUGUAUAUGCUAUAAAAUAUUUAAAGAAAGAAAUGAUAUUUUGUUUUUGUUGGUUUUGAAUGUUGAUGGAGAGAGUUAUAUGAAAAGUGUUGUUGAAUCAAAUAUAAGGACUGUUACCAUAGUAACAGAAUGAUGGUACACUGAACUAUUCAAACAAAUAGGGAUGCGAUGCUGCAUUCUACAUAAAUAGAAAACUUACCAAUUUUGAACUUAUUGCCCAGUGGUCUAAUGUGUUACACUGGUGGCCCAGUGGUCUAAUGUGUUACAUGGGUGGCCCAGUGGUCUAAUGUGUUACACAGGUGGCCCAGUCGUCUAAUGUGUUACACAGGUGGCCCAGUGGUCUAAUGUGUUACAUGGG